AUGACUGGAUACUUUACUUUCAAAUGGGCCUACCCAGCUGGUGAGGUUUACGUCACCGGUACUUUCGAUGACUGGAAAAAGAGUACAAAGCUGGAGAAGGAGGGAGAAGCCUUUGUUGCGAAGGUAGAACUACCAGUUGAGAAGACAUUAUACAAGUUUGUUGUAGACGGCGACUGGGUCGUUGAUCAAGCAGCACGCAGAGAAUUCGAAAACGGAAUCGAAAACAACCUUUUGAUCCCCGAAGAUAUCGUCCCUGAGCAGUCAGAAGAGAGCAACAUGUCAGCCGCUACUAUCAACUCUGCUGCCCCCGAAUCAUCUACAGCUGCACUCGCAGCUGGAGUUCCUCUAGAGAACACCCCCGCUGUUUCUACUCCCGGCCCCACCGAUGUCCCGGGCGGCUUCAUCGAGACCCCAGCUGUUGAGAAGGAGGCACAGGAAUUCUCUGUUAAGCCUCUUCCAGCUUCCGAUACUGCAACAAACCCCUUUAACCUCGCUCCUGGUGAACCAAUCCCAGCGAAUGAUGUCACCACUAAAGAUAUCAACAAGCACGUUAAGCUUGAUGAGGAGUCAUACGAGAAGGCAGACGCCUCGAACCUCGGUUUCGGUCUAAAUGGAGCUCCUGUUCUCCCUGACGUUGUUACCCCUGCUGCCCAGCGGGAAGCUGAGGGCCGUGGUGUCCUUGAUAUUCCGGUUGUCACCGGCAACACCAUCCCCGAAAGUUCUCUUCCGAUCACCAGUACCGUUGCAGCUAUGGCAGCUCCUGAAGUUCCUGAGAUCGUGAAGGAGAGUCAGGAGAAGGCUGAGGUCGAACCCGAGGCUUCUGCUAUCCCUGAAGUCGUUGAACAGAAGAAGGAAGUCGAGGAGGAGCUCAAGACCGAGACCUCCAAGGUCGAUUCAAACACCACUGUCGGCGGAAUAAUGGCUGCUGCCGGUAUUGCCAGUGCUUCUGGUGAAUCCAACGAAGAGACUACCCCGGCUUUUGUUCCAGAAAUUGUUCGGGACUCCCAGAAAGUGGCACAGGUCGCACCUGAAGCUAGCGCUGUCGAGGCUGCCGUUGAGGCAAAGAAGGAGGUUGAACAGGAGCUUCUCCAUGAUGCCCCUUCAGUUACCCUCAACGCCGUACCCACUCAGCACGCUGUUCCUGAAGCCGCCGGUGUUCCUGAAACCGUUGAGCUGAAGAAGGAAUUCGAGCAGGAACUCAAGACUGAGGACCUGUCUAGCGAGCCGGUGAUUGUCCAUAAGCCUGAAACCGAAUCCUCGAUCCCAGUGGCCGUCCCUUCUAAGACUGAGAAUGGGUUCGUGUCUAACGGAAACGCAACCGAGGUGAAGAGUGAGAAGGAGACUGAGGCCAAUGGGAACGGCCUCAGGUCACCCAAGAAGAGCCUUGAGAAUGGUGAUAACCGAGAGUUGAAGACGAAGAGGAAGAGCUUCCUCGGAAGCUUAAAGGAGUUCCUUCAUUUGGGCAGUGCAACCAAAGAAAAGGGCAAGGCGAAGGGUGAAAAUCACGAAGGGGGGUUAAUGUUACGAAACGCGAUGGUUUUCCUUGCCGUUACUGUUUCAGCUUUUUGGUACGUUCAAGGGUAA